AUGCUUUUCGCUUCGAAGCACCGACAGCUGCAAACGUCCAUCCAACUGCAGAAUUUUUCGAAGCACUGCAUACCACUCCUAGGCUAUUUCCGCACAGACUUGCAGCACCGUGACAAGCUGGCCUUUGUCACAUUGUACGUGACAGCGCACGGCACUUCACUGCUGCGGCUCACCGCUAUCCAGCAGUUGGGACUCCUGAUCGGCGGCGCAACACUAACGUGUCGUCUGGCUUCACCCGUUUCCUCGCAGCUUCCUGCAGGUGUGCCUCCGGGGCUCGAGCACCUUUUCGACGGGGAGCUGGGACUUGUCAGGGACUACGGCCACCGGGUCAAGAGGCGGCCGGACAUCAUACCAGUGUCCACCAAGCUGCGUCGCCUGCCUCUGGCGCUCCGGCAGCAAGUCGCAAGCGAGCUGCGUCGACUCGAGGACAACGACGUCAUCGAGCGGGUGUCGGCAUCCGAAUGGGUGUCGCCACUCAUGGUCGUCCGAAAGAAAAACGCGGACAUCCGCCUCUGCGUCGAUCUGAGAGAACCGAACAAGGCCAUCCACGGGUUCCCACUGCUCCAUGUGGAUGAACUGCUUCAAAUGAGCUGCUGCCUCGGCAAUCCGUUCCUAGUGCCCCCGCUGUCCAGUGCGACGGCGCACCAGCUGAAGUGCACCCUCCGAUGCCUGCGACCCAGGAUCAACCAUCGGGACUUCCGGAGGAAAGUCCUGGGUGUUCCUCCUCACCUACAGUAA